AUGGAGCUGCCAGUUACCUGGGAUGACCCCUCCUUGCUUACACAUGAACUUCUGUUAUCUUACUGCUAUUUAUACUCGUGUUCAACUCGUGGAAACACCAAAGCCGUUAUCAACAGCUUCGUGGAGGAGGCACAAGGCAACUCACAAGCCCUUGCCGUAGUGGAAGCAUGGCUCCGCUUGGUAUUUCUGGACGGGACAGAAACCCUAGGUCUUUCCGCCAAUGAUCCAAAGAUGCUGGCCAUUUUCUUUGAAUUUUGUUGUCUUUUACAAGCAAAGAACCGUCCAGCCGAGUACCUUUCACGGAAGAAACGCGAACUCUUGGGUAGUCGCGCUACGCAAGUCACGCGAUCGGGCCGCGGCGGGCACAACGCGUUGGCGCGUGGACGGGGAGUUAAUGACAGCCGCGGUCGUGGUAGUAGUCGUGGUCGUGGUGGCGGUCGUGGUGGCGGUCGUAGCCGCAGCAGAGACCAGGAGCGUCCAAAUCCGACACGUUCAAGCGUUACCGAGGCAUCACCAGGACAUUCCUGCACAUCUGAAGUGCCUCACGCGAAUGAGGCUCCAGAUGCUAAACGCAUGCGCGAAAGUACGGGUGACAUUUCUUCACAAAUUGCGAUUGAUCUACCGAAUUUCCCGCAAUUGCCCAGGCGGGACGAUCGUUUAGAUGAUGUGCCUUCAUUGCGCGUCUGCCAAAUACCAGAAGCGAUCCACCCAGGAUUGGUCAGUAGCUUGCCGAGUGAUGUUGAAAAUGCUGCCCAUGCAGAGCAAAGUAUACCAGUCCUUGCUAACGGUGACCUGUCCCAAAACCACGGUCAGGAGGAUAGUGACCUACACUUUCACGAUUCAUAUCGCUGUGUGGCCUCACCUUCCGAACCAAUGCUUGCAAUUGCACUUCCACCAUCCACGCGGUCUCUUCGCCCAUUGCCACGCAAGGUGGCGACAAAACAUAUUUUACCAAGACAUGAACAAAAAAUUACCUAUGCUAGACCACCGGAACAAGCGCUCAACCAGGAAGGCGUCGAUCGCCUACUGACGGAUAUUGGUAGGAACGCCUCGUUAAUGCACUCCCAGAUAUCUUCGGUGGCUAUGGAGGACUGGGCUCAGGACAACGAUCAAAAUGAUGUCGCGGACGACGAUGAGAUUGCAGACGUCCAUGAUGCACCCUCGAUUAACGAUGCUUUGCCCCUGCUGUCGAGCUGUAAGGAGGUGGCCGACGUUAGUGCGCCGGGGAUACAACCACGGAAACCUCCUCUGCCGGCAAGACCUCUAAUUUGGGCUGAGUCUCGCCAAGAAGUUUGCGAAUCAUUCGAACACUUCCGAAGCUACCAGGGCGGUGUUUAUUCUUCGAAGGAUAUCGUCAAAGGCUAUCUUUUGGGUGGAUCACCUGCAAGCCGUGAUAUCUUUCAUUGUGAAGGAAGAUUGAUUAUUUCCCAUGGCGGAGGUAAAUCUGAGAGCAUCCUGGACUACCGGGUUGGUCCUGCUCGUUUUCAACAGGCGCAGGAUCAAGAAGUUACGGACAAGUCUGUUCGUGCUCUACUCAGGAGCUACACAGACAAACGACCUUUGGUUCUUCUAGCCGAUGAUAAGUACGCUCUGUUCCCUUUUGACCUCAGCGCCUCAGGCUGCACGUAUGUCGUCCUUGGGUCAUAUUGGAUAUCUCACGCAUGGGCUGAGUAUCAACCCACAUCCAGUGGUUGCAGGAGGGUCGUCCGCUGGAAGUUUGCCUUCCAGUGGUGCGAAGGACAAGGCAAUCCAUGGUGGACGACAUCCAAGAAUGGUGAUAUGGACAUGCUUCCCGAUGCAAUGAGAGACUGUCAGUCUUCGAACGACGAACAAGAGCUGUCCCCGCCAAAUUCAGCCUCAGAGGUGGCAUGCGACAAAUGUUCUCAGAAGAGUCCUGUUGUUUAUUCACAGGGAUGGAUGUGUCUAAACCCUUCCUGCCCCUCCUUUUGGAGUCUAGGAGGACGGGAGCCCGAGCAGCUUGAUUAUGACACCACAUUUCUCCGUCCCAUCGCAACGGUAUUUACCAAUCUUCCAGAGCUUCGCCCUGCGAAGCUGGCUGAUACCAUGGAUUCCAUCACCACUUCGUAUGCAUUUAGCAAGGGCUGGCACUGCGAUAAGUGCGGACGCCUUUCGACUCGGUUCAAAUGGGAACAUUGGGAGUGCUCUAAUUGUCAUUCGAUUUACAAAGUGCCUGGAAGACUGCGGGUGGCAAAAGAGUUUUGGCACCAGCGACCAUCAUCAGAUUUUCUACACUCGCACGUUAGAAAACAAUCAGGGAUCAUCGCUCGUCGGCCACAGCCAUUCGAAUUGGGCGAUGGAGGAGGAUUCACAAAUUACCUCACCUUCAUUCUCCCUGAUGAGAGAGGAAUGAUUCAUCUCAUAUUGGGCACUCCAUUGGCAAACAAACAGGCGGAUGAGAUAUUUCGACAGUAUCAAGAUCAAGCUGACAAGGGAGAAUUACUUCUUAGAAGAUACCCACUCAGGACUCAUAAGCUUCGCGGAGCUUUCCUUACUAACUAUUUUUCCCAAAAUUCGGGUGAACCGUAUCAGUAUGUUGGUGGAACAGGAAAUACCGUGCCUUUCGACAAGGCGCCAUCAUCCGUGCGUGGUGCCCUCGCUUUGAUCAAAGAAAGAUCUCGCCUGGCUCUUCAAAAAGAUAUACCAUUUAAUGAGAUCCUUAGUGCUGCCUACAUGGAACGGCAGAAGAUGUCUUUCCACAGCGACAGUUCCGCGGCAUUCAUGCAUUUUCGUCCCCGUGCUACAGCAAAGGAGGCAAAGCACCUAUCGUCAAACGCGCUGACACUGAUCCUCCGGCACGGAGACGUGCUGAUCAUGGAAGGCGAUGGUAUUCAAAAGUAUUACGAGCAUACUGUCAUACCCAUGAAUUUUCGCAUCGCUGCCACCGCUCGUUGCAUUGGAACAGCAUGA